AGGUCUUAUCUCCGUCGUCUUCAUUCUUCCUUUCGCUCGCCGUUUCCACCGAAACAACGAGAGAGAAGACACAAUCGACUGUAAAACAAUGGGGUUCAAGAGGAAGAAGGGCGACGGAGACGGAGAGGAAAUGGAAUCCGAAGUUCGCGGAAGACCGAGCUUCAACACGGCGGAGAGGAGGAACGUGAUACUACCGUCGAUGAUAAAGAACAAAGACAAGAGAGCCAAAGUGUACGCGAAGCAGAAGCACGAGAAGAAAGUCGAGAAGCAGAAGAAGAUCAAGGCUCGUGACGCUGCUGAGAAGCAAGCUCUCGAGCUUGGCGAAGAGCCUCCGCAGAAGAUGGUGCCGAAGACGAUUGAGAAUACGAGAGAAGCUGAUGAGACUGUUUGCAGACCUGAUGAUGAAGAAUUGUUUGCGGAUAUCGAUGCUGAUGAGUUUAAUCCUGUCCUGAGACGUGAGGUUACUCCUAAGGUCUUGAUCACUACAUGUCGUUUCAACUCCACUAGAGGACCUGCGUUCAUAUCGGAGUUACAGUCAGUGAUCCCGAACUCUGAUUAUCGCAAGAGAGGAACUUACGAUCUGAAGAAGAUUGUAGAGUACGCAAAGAAGAAAGAUUACACAUCUCUUAUUGUAGUCCAUACUAAUCGCAGAGAGCCUGAUGCGCUCCUUAUCAUUGGUUUGCCGAACGGUCCUACUGCUCAUUUCAAGUUGUCAAAUCUUGUUCUAAGGAAGGAUAUCAAGAACCAUGGAAACCCUACAAGCCAUGAACCGGAGCUGGUUUUAAAUAACUUCACAACUCGUUUAGGAAACCGUGUUGGGAGGUUUUUUCAGUCACUCUUUCCUCAAGAACCUAACUUCCGUGGUAGGAGAGUUGUAACGUUCCACAACCAGCGUGACUUUAUAUUUUUCAGACACCAUCGUUACAUAUUCGACGUAAAGGAAGACAAACAAAGUGGUGCCAAAGGGAAAGACGGUGUUGCUAAAGAGAGAGUGAAGCCUCGUCUUCAGGAAUGUGGUCCUAGUUUCACGCUUAAGCUAGUUACGUUACAGCAUGGGACCUUUGACACCAAAGGCGGAGAGUUUGAAUGGGUUCAUAAGCCUGAAAUGGACACAAGCAGGAGGAGGUUCUUCUUAUGAUGAAAGCUGCUGUCUUCACCCAAGUUUUGUGUUUAUUUCUGUUUGAAGUUUUUACCCCAAACCAAAUCUGUAGGUUACUUGCAUUGCUUGCAGAACUUCACAUUUCUUCUCAAUAUAAGUCAUCAAGAUUUCAACAA